GUGAUAACCUGUGGACCAGGAAGCGACACAAUCGCGAUCUUCGCGUUUUGGUGACUGCUUUAUUAAGGCUGAAUCUUGCGCCGGAACGGGUACACAAAUACACUGAGACACGAAAGAAGCAUCAGAAAGACAAGGCCAAGGAUAAGGAAGAAAAGAGCAACGAAGAAAGCAUGCCCCUGGACAAAAGAAAUUUCGUCAAGACACUAAAUCAUCACAUGAAUCAACUGGCUUGGGCAAUGUGCCGCGAUAGGCCUGAAGAAGCCACCAAUAAGCUGUUCCACAAAGUGCAGGAGUGGCAAGGAAAGCUCGGUAAGCCCCAGUCGAAACCUGCUGUGUCUGACAAGGCCCCCUCCGAAUCCAAUACCUCCACCGAUGCCAAUACCACGCCCGAAACCAAUAGUGCCAAACCGAAGAGACAAGCACGUUUAGUUCAAAGAGAGCUAGCUAUGUAUGAUCCGCUCAAUGUUACAGACGACGAUAACGAAGAGGAAGAAGAACAAGAAGGAGACGAGGAACAAGAGGGAAGCCCAGGCGUAACCGAGCGUGAACCUUCCAAUCGACGUAUACGUGCACUGACGUCCAUUAUCAAAAAGAUCUUUGAUACAACCAAAAAACAAGCAUCGACAAAGAUCAUUAAAGAGACGGCAUUCAAGGGAACUGUCCUCACUGACAAGCAAUGCAGCGCUGCCGCAAAGAUUGCAAACGCUUUGCGCCCAUACUACUGCCCUGAAGAUCAAGAUGAUGAACAAGGUCCAGCUCCUGUGACAGUGCACCAGGCUGCUCCUUUGGCAUACAUUACGAACGCUAUCGUUGAUAUAAUUGUUCCUCAACAGCAUGUACUUGCCGUGGCACCCGAAGUCCACCCAAAUGACCACGCUAUCCAUCUAUCAGCCAGUGCUUUGUAUACGCUUGUCUCGGAAAAGUACGAGAUGCCAUGCCGCGCAACUGGAAAGACUGUCACCAGCAAGCGUCAAGCUGGAAUUGGUGAAGCUCGCCGCGAUGUGAUUGGAGCGUUUUUCUCUCUUUCAAAAAUAUACAAAGCACUGCAGACAAGGGACCUGGUCUUCGCUUAUCGUCUGACGUUCGUGAACCGUCAUACAGUCCGCGUACUAGGUGUAUCUGGACAUGAAGGAAGUGACAGUGACCAUGCCCACGAUACCGAGAAAGCGCCCCAAGGAGGUCCCAGUAAUAAAAUGGACAUGGAUCUGAUAGAAGGGAGCGAGAAUGAGAGUAAACCUGGCAGUGUGCUCAGUGAUAUUUUCGUCGAUGACAAGGCUACUGGCAAAGGCAAGCAACCUAUGGCACCUACAAAGACAAAGGGAAAAGGCAAACAGGCGAUGGCACGUACGAACCCAAAGGGAAAAGGCAAAGCAGGGACGGGAAAGUCACGCAAGGCCCACAACAAAAGCAGACGGAAAAAGCGCAAAGCUAAGUCGUCGCCAUCGGACCGUCCCUCGAAAAAAAGAAACAAGAACAAGGACAGUUCGCCAACGAAGAAGGACACGGACGUAGAUGAUGAGAAAGAAGGUAUCAAAGCACAACGUAUCAAGGAGUUUGAAACAUGCGCAAGGCGGCUUGCUGCUGAAGUGGCAAAACUGCAGAAGCAAGGAAAUGCCGUUGAGAACGAACGUGCUGAUUUGGCAAACGCUUUUCGUCGCGAGUGGAAGAUGACCAAAUUGCGGAACCGUGAAAAGUAUGGUGAGCUGCAGAUGGUACGCAAGCAAGCAAAUUCUGUUAUUGCUCAGGUCGCUCAGAAACAAAGGCAAUUGGCCGACAUCCGAUCGCAGCUGUAUUUGAUGCAACAGAAACCCAAGGCAGAACCAGCUGCACUCGAUAAGGAACAGCAACUACUACAAGAAAAAAUUGUUGAGAGCCUUGCUACAAACAAGAACGUUGGUGUUAUCGGCGUGGACCCAGGGCUUGUAGUAUCAGCAACUUCUAUCACCACUACUGCCAAAGAUCUGUACCAAACAAUUGUUCCGUACACCCGUCCCCAGCCAUCAUCAUCGCCAUCUUCCUCUUCAGCACCUGAAACAGCACCAGUACAGCCAUCAGAUCUGCCGUCUGUGGCGCGCCCGCUACCUCCAGCACAGACUUAUACAACCAGAAAGAAAACAGCAGCUACGCUGGAAGCAGCUCACCAAGCCAGGCGGGAACAGUACAAGAAGAAACAUGGCUACAAUACUGGUGAUCAAGACAGACGACAAAAAGAAGCUCGCACUAGGGACAUCCGACACGACGUCUUUCAUCGGAAACUUGCGUCAUCGUGGAGGGUACGUGGAUCCGCAUCCACCUUGACGUUUUUUGGCGCAUAUAAAUCAACAAACUCGAGGAUAAAAGACCACUGUCGUGGUGCGAACGCCACCUUACAACAACAUUUAGGUUCCCCCGAUCGUGACCAUGUAACUGUUACCAACGAGCACCGAUCCAGCAAGACUUGCCCAUUUUGCCACUCUCCGACAAAACUGCACCAAUACCGGCGCGAAGGCAAAUUGGUCAAGGUCAACGGUGCACUGCGCAUGCCCAACAAGAGUCGCAACACUCACAACAGGGACCAAGUCGGAUCCGUCAAUAUCGCAUCGAUUGGAUUUUCCAAAGCCAUAUCUGCCACCAACACCCCUAUCCCACCUUUCUCUAGAAUGCCAUUCCUUUCUUAUACCAUUUCUCCCUACAUGGAGCAACUGCUGACGUGACACCUGACCAGGUUCUUCAUGUCUACCACGCGAUGUCGGAUAGAAAAUAGUACCUUCGUGGAACGCCUGUAUUUUU